GACGCGGAGCUGGCGAGGGGCGCUCCCGGGCUGGGGUGCCGGACCGGCGGAGUCGGGACGGGGGGCUGGUGGCCCUGGGGCAUCCUGGGGCCAGCCGGACCGCGGCCGCCGCCUAGUAUCCCCUUCGGGCGGCGAGGUCCCCAGGGAAGUCUCCCUCCUCAGGGACCUAGGCUCACCGGGGACGCGCAGACCCACUCCCGGCCGCGACAAGAGCCAGUGACCGCCUCCAUCUCCCGUAGGAGUCCUCCCUGACCGCGCGGCCAACGGGCUCCCCGUCCCCUCCGAGGCGGGACACGCAGGUGCACACCCCAACACGGGAGGGACCGACCCGGCACGGAGUGCCAUCCGUCCGCUCUGCACACUGCUGGCUGCGAGGUUGUCCGAUGCAGACCCGCUGACCCCGGGAGAGACGCUCUUCCCCUGUCCGCGCGCCCGCACCCCGUUUUGGCCCACGCGCUGUUUGGGCGUCUCCAGCCUCAUCAUGGACCCAGAGUGCUCCCAGCUCCUCCCGGCUCUCUGUGCCGUUCUGGCAGACCCCAGGCAGCCCGUGGCAGAUGACACCUGUUUGGAGAAGCUGCUGGACUGGUUUAAAACCAUUGCUGACGCCGGGUCCAGCCUGCUGUUGUUACAGGAGAACCCGUGCCUGGUGACACUGCUGUGCCCUGUGCUGAAGCCCCAGGACCUGAGUCCCCGAGUCCUUGCCUUCUUGCUGCGCCUGGCAGGCAUCCUUGCUGCCCAGGAGGAUUGCUUCCAGCACCUGCAGCAGGGGGACUUGCUGCCCAGGCUCUUUGGGGAGGCAGGACCCCUGGGAGGAGCCGCCUGGACCGCCCCCACUGUGCGCAGCGGCUGGAUCCAGGGCCUGUGCUCCCUCACGCAGCACCCCAGUGCCCUGUGCUUCCUGGCCCACAGCGGUGCCGUUGACACCAUCUUCUCCCUGCAGGGAGACUCCAGCCUGUUUGUGGCCUCGGCAGCUGGGCAGCUCCUAGUGCACAUCCUGGGCUUGUCGAUGCAGGCCCCCGCUGAGGGACACCCCAGCCUGCAGCCUGCCCAUUGGCCAGCAUGUGCCCAGAAGAUCGUGGGUCACAUUGAGGAGUCCUUGCGCGCCACGGCCACCCCGCAGGUCACACAGGCUCUAAAUGUCCUGACCACCAUGUUCAGCCACUGCCAUGACCCUUGGACGCAAGUCCUGUGGGUGCAUUUGAGUCCCCUUGUGGCCUGUCUGCUCGAGAAAGACCCCGUCCCCGCUGCACACUCGCUCGUGGACCUCCUCCUCAGCGUGGCCCGUUCUCCUGUGCUGAGUUCGUCAAGCUGUGGCCUGUGGGACACUUUGGCACAGACUCUGAGCCGCCUGCGUGCCUCCCAAGCAGGGCCGUUGGCUUUGGGGAUCCUGAAACUGCAGGAGUGUCCAAAGGCGCUGAGGGCCCAGGCCUUUGCUGUCCUCCUCCAGCCCCUGACCUGUGUCCUUGAAGCCACCACUCAGGCCCCCGGACUUCCAGGAAGCUCUGGGCCUGGUCUCCAGUGUGGGGUGGCAGCCAUAGGGCCGGUGGCCAGCAGCGAGGCCUGCGCUGGCCGCGGGGGAGAUCCCACUGAUGGAGAGCUGCCCCUGGCUUGGCCUCCAGGCUCAGUGGGUGGCACCGCAGAUGCACCCCUGACUGCGGGCAUGCUGCUCCCCUCCAAGGCGGCCUGCGUGGGUCUGCUGUGCCAGACUCUGGCGCACCUGGAGCUGCUGCAGCCACUGGUAAGUGGAGCCCCGGCCUGCGGGGGUGGCGGCGGGGCUUGGCCUGCACCAACCCUCCCUCUCUCCCAGCCCCAGCGCCCCUCACCCUGGCCUUGGGCACCCCUGCUUAGCGCCGCAGUGACCAUCCUGCGGCUCUGCAAUGGUUCGGCGACCCCCACCUCCGACACAGGGACCCACCUCUGUGCGUUCCUGGCGGGCUGCGUGCGGGUCCAACGAGCGGCCCUCGAUUUCCUGGGGACGCUAUCUCAGGGGACAGGUCCCCAAGAGCUGGUGACGCAGGUGUUUGCCAUCCUUCUGGAAUACCUCACAAGCCCAGACUCCAGCCCCACGGUUCUGAAGAAGGCCUUCCAAGCCACACUCCAGUGGCUCCAGAGCUCCCCCAAGCCCUCUGGCGGUGGUGAUUUGGAACCCCAUGCCCAGCUCUUCUUGAGAGAACUGCUCCCCGUGCUGCCUAAGCGCCUGUGCAGCCCCUGCUGGGACGUGAGGGACUCUGGCCUCGAGUUCCUGACUCAGACCGUCCGGCGCUGGGGAGGGCAGGCUGGCUUCAGACACGCGCUCCUCGCUUCCGAGGUGCCCGAGCUCACCGAGCAGCUCCUGCGAGAUCCUGAGAGUUACGUCCGGGCAAGCGCAGUGGCCGCCAUGGGGCAGCUCUCCAGCCGGGGGCUGCACAUCAUCCCCGCCAGCCCUGGGCACCCAGGGGCCCAGCAGAGCCUGCUCGAGGAGCUCCUACACAUCCUGUCCACAGACUCAGAGGGCUUCCCCCGGAGGGCCGUCAUGCAGGUCUUCACCCAGUGGCUGAGGGACAGCCACGCCGACGUGGCGGCAGACACGGAACACUUUGUGGCCAGGGUGCUCCGGGUGGCGAGCCAGGAUCUGGACUGGGAGGUCCGGGCCCAGGGCCUUGAGCUGGCGCUGGUGUUCCUGGAGCAGACGCUGGGCCAACCCAGCUCCUCCUGUCCCUAUGCCAUGACCCCACCCGCUGCGGCCCCACCUAGCUUGGUGGCCCAGGCCCUGCAGCCAUUCUGCCGAGUGCAGCUCUUUGACUUUGCCUUUCGUGCCUUGUUUGACUGUGACCGACCUGUGGCUCAGAAGUCCUGUGACCUUCUCCUCUUCCUGAGGGCCAAGACUGCUUCCUACAGCGACCAGCAGGGCUCCAGCAGCGGCCCUGAUGUGGCCUCCCUGGAGGCUGCCCUACAGAGGUGGCAGGCGGGCGAUCAGGGCCAGCCCCUGGGGGACCUGGAGCCCGAGGCCGUGGUGGCUGUGCUGAGGUCUCUGGACCUGGAGGGCCUUCGGGGUGCACUGGCGGAGAGCAGCGACCACGCGGAGCAGAGCCCGCUGUCGCUCUUGCAGGACAUGCUGGCCACGGCGGGCAUCCUGGGGGAGAAUGAGGCAGACUGCUACUGAGGCCACCUGGUGGCAGCCUCCCUCCCUUCCCCUGUGUCACGUCCCUUCUGCAGGACCUGGUCGUCCUGAGAGCUCUAGCCUGGCCUGGCUGCACGAGGGACCCUUUGGGGAGGCCAGGACCAGGUGGGCCAGCAAGGUUGAAGAGUCCAUUUUGAUGUAUUAUUAAAGAAGAGGCUUAUUUUUUAUUCAAAAUAAACGGCGUUUGGCAGUGCCA